UGUGCGUGCAUGAAUAGCGAACGACCCGCGCGCGUAUGUAUGUAUGUGUGUGUGUGUGUGCGAGCGAGUGAGCGAUCGUGACUGUAUUCAUCUAUGCCCGUAUCCGUGGUGUAGUCAGGUGACGGUGUAAGACAACAAAAAACAUCAAACGGUGGCUGAUCAAAGAGAACGCGUUACGAACACCAUCGUCGUCAUCAUCAUCAUCGGGAAACCUGGAGUGUGGCACGUGUCGUGCCGUCCAGCGGACGCAGCAGCGUCAACGUUACGGUCGCCGCCACUGACAGCGCAGCGUCAACGUUACGGUCGCCGCCACUGACAGCGCAGCGUCAACGUUGCGGUCGCCGCCACUGACAGCGCAGUGUCAACGUUACGGACGCCGCCACUGACAGCGCAGCGUCAUCGUUGCGGUCGCCGCCACUGACAGCGCAGCGUCAUCGUUGCCGUCGCCACCACUGACAGCUAGGUGCGAUGUCGACGUGUCAGGACGUGCCGCUCGGCGCCGCCGUGAAAUGGUCGGAGGAGAGCAUUUACUUGAAGGAUUUCGUUCGUGUCUACCAGCUGCCGCAGUUGGCUCGCGUCAGCAAGGGUCAGUACUCCUGCAUCGGCGUGCCAGGCAUCAUCACCGACGUCAAUCUUGCGCAGAACAUCUUCCUGCAUUCGUCGUACAAGAUGGUGAAGGUGCUCGCGCAGUGCAUCAAGAUCAAGGACUCGUCGCGCAAGUCGCACGUGUCCGUCGUCGGGCCGAAGGUGUCCAUACCGGCCUCGUACAAGGGUUGGUUCGAGGUGCUGUCCGAGGAGGGCAAGGCCGUGCGGCCGUUGGAGAGCGUCGUUGAACUCGUCGCGAAGAGCCCGGACUCUUUUCUCGUGCGCGACAGUGUGAAGGUGUUUCUCGGGAAUCCCGAGGGCGAGAUGACGCCGGAUCGCAGCCGAAUCGUCCAAUCAGGAGAGGUGCUAUCGCUGGCUGGGGUUGUGACGGCCAGCCGGGACAAGAGGAGAAGCCAACAGUUCCUCCGCUGCUACGACACGCGGGGAGACAGCCUCUUCUUUGCAUUCGACGCGAAGGGCGUCUUCAGUCCGAUCGCCAAAGAGGAGAACAUCUCGGGCGUUCACACGAUAAAGGAUGUUCUCGGAAAGUUCCGACUGCCGCUCACCGUGCGGCUCGUCUCCGGCGCGAUGCCGCAGUCGUCGCCCUCUAGCGGCGGCGGCAAACUCGGCGGCGGCGGCGGCGGCGCUGCGUUCGCGCGCGAGAUCCGCCUGUUGAGCAGCUACGAGGAGGAGUGCAUCCUGGCGCAUCCGCUCGAUAAAGACGCGACGAACAACAACAACCGCAUCGUCACGCUGCCGGUCACCGCCUGUCUGAAGCUGUCGCCGGCGAAGAACCAGGCCGAGCUCGACCAGAACCGAAACCUGAUGCGCUUCCGUGACAAGUGCGCGAAACUGCUGCCGGAGAUCAUGGAGAACAUGCAGGUCUGCGAGGAGAGCUACGGCAAGGAGAUGAAAGUGCGGCCGCGACCGAAGCCCGAGCCGGCGCGGGGUCGCCCCGGAUGUCCGCCGGCCGUCGACCCGACGGCGCAACCGGAGACGGAAGAGGAUAUUGUCUACAAGGAGAUCGACGACAUCUACGGUAUGGUGGUGCGGGGCAUCGUGCCUCUGCGCGCCUACACGGAGAUGAAGCACGAGGAGGCGCGAGAGAAGAGCAUCGAUGCUUACCAGAAGACGCCGCCGAGGCUGACGGCGGCGUCGUCGCCGAAGAACGAGCUGACGACGUCGCUGGCGGGCGACGACAAACCGCCGCUGCCGCCGCGCAACGGCGUCGCGUCGCCGCGCAAGAUCAGCGCCCCCUCGCGGGCCGGCGACAAUCUAAACCAUCUGGUGUACAGCAACCGAGUGCCAAACGAGAACAGUGCGAAGCUGUCGAAUUCAAAUCUGAAAUACGUUGCCGAGUCCCCGCGCAUCGGCGGGGGCCUGCCUCCGCCCGCCGACCCGUACUUCGAACCGCUCGGAGUACAACCUAUCUACAAGAAGGAAAAGGUUCCGAACGCCAGCAAUCGUCUGCUGAAUCUAAUCCACAACGCACCGAAGCACCCGAAGCUGAACGGCGCGCACAAGCCGACAGGCGUCGUCGUCGGCGGCGGUUACAUCGGCAGGACGUCGGCGAGCAGCACGCCGAACAAGCGCCACUCGACGGCGGGCGUCAUCCCGCUGGCGCACUCGCGCAGCCAGCCCGUGCUGAUCGACGUGAGAACCCCGCAGCAGCGCGUCCAGGAGAAGAAACGUCACAGCUUUAUCGACUCUAACGGAAUGCAUACGAGUUCCAGCUCCGGCUCGGACGGCAUGAAGUACAACUCGGCGCAGGACCUGCACGAGCACAACUACGAGGAGAAGGUGUUGCGGCAGGAGAAAAUCAAGGCGGCCGACCAGCGCCUCAAACGGCUCUCGAACUUCUUCCUAUGA